UGCUGGACGACGAUAGAUUGAAGGCGCUAUACGAGCACUCGCGAAAACGGGGGAUGGAGCCAUUGGUGGAGGUCAACACCGAAGCAGAGAUGGCGCGUGCCCUGUCACUCGGUGCACGUCUCAUCGGGGUAAACAACCGAAAUUUGCACUCCUUCGACGUCGACAUGGGCACGACUUCGCGACUCUCGAGCAUGCUCGCCGCGCACCCGUCCACGAUCCUGUGCGCAUUAAGCGGCAUCUCCUCGCCCGAGUCCGUUACGACAUAUAUGAAAGAGGGCGUACGUGGGGUGCUCAUUGGCGAGCCCCUCAUGCGUGCUGCCGACACUGCCACCUUCAUCCAGACCCUCUUCAAUUGGCCCGCGAGGUCGUACGUUGGCCUCGAACCCCUCCUCACGAAACUGCCUUGGGUGAAGAUCUCGGGUGCGGCCACGCAGGAAGAGGCUUUGUUCUUCAUGGCGGCAGGUGCAGAACUCAUCGGGCUGGUGUUCGACACCGCAGACCCACGGUGUAUUGAAGGUGCACAGGGCGAGGUCAUAGGGCGGAGCGUGCGCGAACUGAGGCACGCGAAGGUGCAACACGCAGGCCCAACCCGCCCUGUUGCCUCGCCGCCCACAGAAAACACACCUUGGUUCACCAUGCAAGCCCAUCGUCUCGUGACGAACGCCCGGACGCCCCUCCUGGUCGGAGUUUUCAAGAACCAGCCACUGUCAACAAUCAUCCACACAGUGUACAACUCCCAACUCGACCUUGUCGAGCUGAGAGGGUCGGAGCCUCUUGAGGAGCUCCUCUGCCCUGGUUUUCAUGCUUUCAUGUCAUUUUCAGGAUCCUUCAACACUGAUUGGCAGGCAGUGCGAACAGCCCUUGAUCAAGGCGAAGUGCCGGGAUGGGCAAUGCCAAUCAUCAACAGGGCAGAACACGCCCAGCACCUUGAGUUGGCACACGAAGUUGGCGACCAGUCGGCGGCGAAUGGCAAAAGUCAGGCGAAAGGUGCAGUGGAUCCGGUGCAGUGGGCAUUGGAGUUCGAGUACAAGGGAGAGGGAAAAGAUAAGGAUGGCAGCCUAGAGGAAUUCAGCCGCAUGAUUAAACAAACGAAGAAAAUGCUCAAGUAGA